AUGAAUGUUUAUCGUGGUCAAAAGACUUCAAAACAAGAACUUAAAUCAUGGCAAUCUAGUAUUGGUUCCAUUAUAACAAUGACAUCAUUUCUUUCAACAAGUAUGAAUGAAAGGAUUGCUAAUGCAUUUGCAGAAACAUUUGAUAACGAUGAUAAUGAUGAUGAGGCUACAUUGUUCAUCAUAUGGGUGGAUAAAAACACAGAACCAAAAUCUAUUUUUAGCUAUUUAUAUCACGCAGAUUGUGAACCCGAUGACCGUGAAAUUCUUUUCUCUCUUCGCACAUUGUUUCGUAUUGAUAAAGUCGAAUAUGUGGAUUGUGACGAAACGUGGUAUGUCAAUAUGAUAGUUGUAGAUGAAAUCCUUCGUAUUGAAACGGUUGAUCCUAUUUUUAAACUGCGUUAUUUUAUUCAAGAUCUUCAUAAUCAAUUAGCUCUAAUGCAUGUUAACUAUUUGAAAAGAUUACAAAGAUAUAAUUCUCCAAUUUUAAAAUUAUAUAGUGGUCAAGUUAUGACAAAAAAUGAUUUAGAGAAUUAUUUUCAUGCUAAUAACGGAAAUCUCAUAUCAAUGAAUAGUUUCUUAUCAACUACAACAGAUCGUUACGUAGCCCGUUUAUUUGUUGUUGACGGUAAUAUUCAAAAUCCGGAAACUCAUGUAUCUGUAUUGUAUGAAAUCGAAAUUGACACUAGAUUGCCUCAUUCAGUACCAUUCGCUGAGCUCAGUGAUCAGAGUAAUUUUGAAUAUGAAAAUGAGGUACUCUUCUCAAUGGGUGCCGUUUUUCGUAUCGGAGAAACUUGUCAAGAAAAUAGAUAUUUAUGGAUAGUGAAAUUAACUUUAACUACGGAUGAGGAUGAACAAUGGAAUAUUUUGACCGAGCAUUUACAAGAAAAACACCAACAAGAAGAAGAAGCAACUAAUGAAAUGAAUAAACAGAUAUCGAUGGUCAAUGAUAAAGACGAAGAAAUUAUUAUUACGCCAAUCAUCAAGAAUACAAAAAGAAAAAAAAGCCGAAGUUUUGAUGGCUCUCGUUACUCGAAGCGUGAGUUUUGUCGAUCAGAUUGA